ACAUCAGCCAUUACCAUCGGCGAUUCUAGGUUUUUAAACUCCCUAACCCUAACCCACGCACAGACAUGGAUUUGACGGCAGAGAACCACCGCAUUUCCCUGAGCGACGGGAACCUAAUUCCCCUGUUGGGAUUGGGAACAUACGGAGAUCCUAGGACGACACCCAGAGGGACUGCAUUGGAGUGCGUAAAACAUGCCAUUGAUGUAGGAUACAGACAUUUUGACGGCGCAUUGGUGUAUUUUAACGAGCACGAAGUAGGUCAAGCCAUACGAGAGAAAAUUGCAGAUGGAACCGUCAAAAGAGAAGACAUUUUUUAUUGCGGAAAGCUUUGGAACACUUUUCAUCCCCGGGAGCUGGUGAGGCCCGCGCUCGAGAGGACGCUGAAGACCUUACAACUAGAUUAUGUGGAUCUUUACAUCAUUGAGCUUCCAACUGCCUUUAAGCCUGGCGAUGAGUUCUAUCCCAAAGAUGAGAAUGGGAAGUACAUUUACCAUGAGACAGACCUCUGUGCAACAUGGGAGGCUUUAGAAGCUUGCAAAGACGCGGGGCUCUGCAAAUCUCUGGGAGUGUCUAACUUCAACCGCAGACAACUGGAGCUGCUUCUGAACAAACCGGGCCUUAAGCACAAGCCUGUGUCCAAUCAGGUUGAAUGUCAUCCGUAUUUCACACAGCCAAAGUUACUAGAGUUUUGCCGUCAAAAUGACAUAGUGAUUGUGGGCUACAGCCCAAUAGGAACCUCCCGAGACGCCUCCUGGGUGAACCUGAAAUGCCCUCCCCUCCUGGAGGACGAGCUCCUGGUCUCCAUCGGGAGGAAGUACGCCACAAGCAGCGCCCAGGUGGCUCUGCGCUUCAACGUCCAGAGAGGAGUGGUGGUCAUCCCCAAGAGCUUCAGCCCACAGAGGAUCACCAGCAACUUCCAGAUAUUUGACUUUUCUCUGACUGAGGAGGAGAUGACGGCAAUAGAAGGGCUGAACAGGAACAUUCGCUUCGUGGAGUUGCUUAUGUGGAGUGACCACCCUGAGUAUCCAUUCCAUGAUGACUACUGACAUUUUAAAACACUCACAAAAAAACCUAUUUACAGUUUCUAGAUUCACAGACCAACAUUUCAAUAAAAUGGUUGCUCUUGUUUUUCCAAAUUUCAA